AUGUCGGGGCUCAUGUACCCCACGGAAGAGUCGAGGCAAAGCGCGAUGCGCUCUGACUCUGAUAAGAGCGAUCUAAACUUUGUCUCCUUUUAUAAAGGGAUGCCUCGGUCGAUCCCCGGCACCAUUCGUUUGUUUGACCGACAGGAUUACUAUACCGUGCAUGGAGACGAUGCGCUAUACGUGGCCGACACCGUGUUCCGGACCCAAUCUGUACUUCGAUACCUAGGUGGCAGGGGUAAGGACCAGGCAGGGCUCCCCUCAUGUUCGCUGAACCCGGCUGCUGCGAAGAGUUUCCUUCGCGAUGCACUUACGUCCAAGCAGCUGCGCAUUGAGAUCUGGGGCUCGACUUCGGGCGAUGGCAGCAGCCGUCGAAAUGCAUCAUGGGCCAUCAGUAAGCAAGCAUCACCCGGAAACCUGCAAGAAGUGGAAGAUUUGCUGUUCUUGAAUGCUGAUGUCGUAUCGAGCCCCAUGGUUCUCGCGGUGCGGGUCAAGGCCCAGGACGGUCUUACAAUGGUGGGCGUCGCCUUUGCAGAUGCGACGAACCGUGAGAUGGGCGUUUGCGAGUACGCUGAAAAUGAUCUCUUCUCGAACACAGAGGUACGUGCCCGGUUUCACCCAUGCCAGUCACUGAUUAUCCAACUCGGAGUGAAAGAAUGUCUUUUGCCUGGUGACGAAACCAGCACGGACUACGAUAUCAAUAAGAUGCAGGGUGUUCUUGAGCGAUGCGGAUGUAUCAUCAGCAAUGUGAAACGUAGCCAAUUCUCGUCCAAGUCGAUUGAGGAAGACAUGCAGCGCCUCUUGCCUGCAUCAGAGAAGGCCCUAGCCCCUGAACUCGACAAGAAGCUGGCCAUGUCAGCAGCGGCUGCGCUGCUAUCUUACCUCCAUCUACUGGAAGACGAGUCUAACUUUGGCAAGUUUGCCCUUCGCACACACGACCUCUCCGAGUAUCUGCGUCUUGAUCACGCGGCUUUAAAAGCGCUGAGCCUCUUUCCCGAAGCACAGGGCGGCUCGGCGUUGGCCAAUAAGCAUGCCAGCUUGUAUGGUCUUUUGAACCGGUGCAAAACGGCGCAGGGGAACCGCAUGCUCAGCCAGUGGCUCAAGCAGCCGCUCGUCAAUGUUCACGCCAUUCAAAACCGACAGUCCUUGCUGGCUAUCUUCAUGGAAGAGCCGGAGCUGCGUCAUAAAAUUCAAGAUGAAUACUUGCGAUAUAUGCCCGACAUGCUACGAAUCAGUAAGCGCUUCCAGCGCGGCGCCGCUACACUGGAAGAUGUUGUACGCUGCUAUCAGGCAGUCGUCAAGGUGCCCGAGUUGCAAUCGUGCCUGGCCGAUGUGCCGGUCGGAUUAGAAACGGACCAGACCCUAUUCCACAGCUCUUUUGCUGCGCCGCUGGAAGAGCUCUUCCAGCACCUGUCGAAACUAGUCGAGAUGGUGGAGACGACCAUUGAUCUGGAUGAGUUGGCCUACCACAAUUAUGUGAUCAAGCCUGAAUUUGAUGAUGGGCUUCGUACAAUCAAGGCCAAGCUAGACCAGAUUCGUGACCAGUUUGAUGAGCAGCACAUCAAAGCGGGGAGCGAUCUUCGCCUUGACACGGAAAAAAAGCUUCACUUGGAAAAUCAUUCCUCGUAUGGCUACUGUUUCCGUGUCACACGUACGGGCGGUCUGUACUUUACCACGUCUGCCAUGCGCGAACUUAACGACGACUUCCGCUCCCUGUCCGAUGAAUAUGCUCGGACACAAAGCCGGCUGGUCAAGGACGUAAUUGAAAUUGCCUCAUCGUACGCCCCCCCUCUAGAGCAGCUGAAUGUGGUUCUUGCCCAUCUGGAUGUGAUCCUGAGUCUGGCUCAAGUCUCGAGCAACGCCCCUAUUCCCUACACGCGGCCUCAGAUUCUGGAGCGGGGCGCGGACCUUUUCCUUGUGGACUCGCGACACCCCUGCUUGGAGGUGCAAGACGACGUGAACUUUAUUCCGAAUAAUGUGUCGAUGGUGACCCAAAAGUCUGAGUUUCUACUGGUGACGGGCCCAAACAUGGGCGGUAAAUCCACCUACUUGCGCCAAAUCGGUAUCAUUACUCUAAUGGCACAGAUUGGCUGCUUUGUGCCUGCUGCAGAAGGCGCUCAAAUCCCUGUCUGCGAUUGUAUCUUAGCGCGAGUGGGUGCAGGGGACAGCCAACUGAAGGGGAUUAGUACAUUCAUGGCCGAAAUGCUAGAGACGGCCACCAUUCUCAAGACGGCCACCAAAGAUUCGUUGGUUCUGAUUGAUGAACUAGGUCGCGGUACAUCUACCUAUGAUGGCUUUGGUCUGGCAUGGGCGAUUUCGGAAUGGAUUGUCACUCAUAUUCAUUGCAAAUGCGUGUUUGCCACGCAUUUCCAUGAGCUGACCAAUCUGGCGCGGCAACAACCUGGCGUCCAGAACUUGCACAUGGUUGCCUAUGUGGCCCCGCGGGACAACGGUUCGCGGUUCGACAAGGAUAUCACACUGUUAUACAAAGUCGAAGAAGGUGUUAGCAACCAAAGUUACGGUAUCCAGAUUGCCGAGCUGGCAGACUUUCCCGACAGUGUCAUUCGGCUGGCAAAGCGUAAGGCCGAGGAAUUGGAAGGAUUCGACGAUGAACAGCAGGCCAUGGACAUGCCUGCAGAUGUUGCCGAGACAGGUGUCGCUCUUGUCCAAGAGUUCAUGGCAGCAUGGCGCGAGCGCACCCAGGCGAAGCGUCAAAAAAUGGACGAGAGCGAAGCGCAGAAGGAGGCGCUAGAUUCGUGCAUCAAAGACUUUGACGAGCGGAUCCGAACCAAUGUA